AUGGACUGGAAACAUCUUUUAUCAUUGUCGCCGCACAAUUUAGACGAUGUACGCAAAGAUGGCGCUGCACUUGAAAUCGCCAAUUUAUCUACCGACAUUAAGCUGGACAGCAAAAGUAGCAAAAAGUUGUUCCGUUUGGCACAAGUGGCAUUGCGGUUCCGGAACGAACAGGUGAGACAGCUAAAACAAACGUUGAUAGAAGGUAAAGACGAUUUCGGUAGUCAGGAGCGGCUAAAGGAAUGGAAAAGAACCAUCGAAAAGCUUGAACUGGAACGCCACACCCUACGUACAAAGCUCAAGGACGUCACGGAGGAAAAUUCCAAACUACAGGUGAAGCUUGCCGAAGGACUUCACGUCGCUGGCAGUGAAGGGGAAGAUUCGCCCGAUGCUUUAUCGGAGAUCGAAAGACAGCAGGAGCUGUACAACAAUAUCAGCAUGAAGAACAAGCACAUUAAGCGUCUUCUGCGCGAUAUCGAUGAUUUGGAAAAGCGAAACAGCUUCCAGGUGGAUACCAUCAAUGGGCUGCAAGUCAGCCUGAACGAUGCAACGCUCAACAUCACUGCUCUGACGCAUCAAUUUGAAGAAAUGCAAGCACGUUCCAGAGAGCAGCAAGAUUUAAAUGUAAAAUUGAAUGAAAAGCUUCAGCAAAUGGAAGGAGAAAUACUGAACAUUUGUGACGAGAAGGAACAUUUGCUGGUGGAGCUUAACAAAGCAAACAAGCUACACGCGGAUCAGGUCACUGAAUGGGAGGAUCAAUUUGAUAAACGGGAGCAGGAACUGAACGAAUUGCGGGAUCGGUAUGAUGAUUUGCUGAGCCAAUUUCCCGGAAUUGAUAUUGAGGCAGAACGGCGCGAGUAUAAACUAAUGAUGGAACGGCUCGAAGAGAAGGAUGAAAUAAUAGUCGAUUUGGAGCAAAAGAUUUUAACACUUUCGAGAGAAAUUCAUCGCUCGACGGAAGUGAUGAACCGGAUCAGCGAUGAGAAAGUGCGAACGGCUGAGGAAAAGCAACAGGAAAGCCAUUGCUGCCAAGAGUAUCGAAUGCAGCUGGAGAAAGCUAGCGAACGGUGCCGUGAAAUGCAAGAACUCCUAGCGGACGUUGAGGAUGAUAAUCGGCUAAAGUCACGACAGGCUGUAGAAGCGAUCGAAGCGUUAAGACGGUAUGAAAAUGGUGAAGAAGGUUUGGCUAGUGCGCUGAAGAAGGUGAACCGUUUACAGGAGAAGGUGAAUACGAGGGACAAACAAAUUCGGCAGCUAAUUUCGGAGAUAAAUCUAGCGAACGAGAUUGCAAUAGAAAAUAGUGUGUUACGAAAACGUUUAGGCAUCGACGACGAUGAGGUUAUCGCAACAAGUUCUAUACUGGCGAAACAGAAAAAGAUUGCCAAAGUGAAUGAACGGUUGGCGCUGAAGCUUCGUGCGUCGGAAGAGAUGCGAUUGCAGCUUAAGUUGGAGAAAAACGAUCUCAAGCGACAAUUAGCUGCGCUAGCUCAGAUUGUAAAAAGACAAGCAACAGAUAAAGGCAAUGGACACGAUGCUGAUCAACCACAACCAUCUCCAUCUCCUAGUGGCCAAAGUGUGCUAGAAGUGGAUGGUAUCAGUGACGUGAAUGCCAUCAAGUUUUGUGAGAAAUGCUUGAAACAGUACAACCUGAGCGAUAGUAUGAAACAUUGCAAGGCGUGCAUUUUUCGGCACAGCUUUAACUACUGCGACAAAUGUGUCGGACAGUUGAACAUGAAUUUUGAUGACGAUCGCACAAAACAGCCAUCACACAAUAGUGAAAUCGAUUCCAACUACCGACGAAUGGCCGAGCUAGAAAAGCAAUAUAUCACCGUGAUGGAGGAAAACGAAAAUCUACGUGAUGGAAUGCAUGAAAUUUUGGAAAAACUGCGAGAGUAUGAUGCCAUGUCAGAUCAACUUACGAUCGAUAAGGAUACAUUGGAGAAGCUGCUGGGCGUGCUUAGUGUUAGACCCAUGUCCGCUUGGCCCGGUGGAAUGAGACUACAGAACGAUCUAUUGGCCGCUAGGGAGCGGGAGAUGCUAUUGAAGGAUCGUUUGACCAUAGUAGAUCCUGAUGCAAGUGGACGAAAAAGUAAGAGCAUCCAGUCGAUGGAGAGCGUGAAUGAUUCGGGCAAUGUUUGUAACGAGGACGACAAUUCCGAAUCGAUCGAUCGGCUUGAACCGGAACAGCUAGACUUUAGUGAACAGGUUCUACUGAAAGCAGUUGAAAUUGAUCGUUUGACGGAAAAGAAUGAGCAGCUUAGAAUGGAAAACGAAAGACUCCUGUCGGUGCAGGAUGAGCUGCAAGUUACGCAAAAGCUUUACAAUGAGAUACUCGAAAUUACCCGUGCCUCUGACAAUGAAAAAGAUCGGCUUCUUGUUCAGACAGUCGAUCGGUUGAAGGAUAUCGAGUCGGGCGUUUGUACACUGCAACGGAAAGUGGAUUUCCUUAAAGCGGACAACGAUAAUCUACACAAUUCUUUGCGCCAGAUCAAGAGUGAAUAUUUAAAUUUGUUGCACGAUUUGCGGUUGGAACUUGCAAGGAAAAGCAACGAGUUGAAACAAACGCAAGUGACGAGUAGAGAACAAGAGGAUUCAUUUGACUCGACGGAGAGCUCCGAUCAGAUCGACAAGUUGGAAAACGAAUUGACACGCAUGAAGUUUGAAGCGACAAACAUUUAUAAUAUAUUUUUGAAGAACAUUCAGGAGGUGGAUAAGGAUCAGUUGCUGGAUGUGGAUUACGGUAAAUUAAAUCAGUUGACUAUAGUGGACAGCAACCUGACGGUAGAUUUCAUCACUAAGGAAGAGUACAAACGGCUAAAGAAUCGUCUGGACGGUUUGGAACGAGAAUUGAAGCGCGAAUUGGUAAGAAAUGGCCAUUUGGAGGAAUUGCUAAAAGUAUCCAACGAUCAAAUUCGAUCGCAACAGUCGCUCAUCUCGAAGUACUCAGAGGAAGAGGUGAGCCUACGCCAUCUCGUUGUUGAUCUGCAAAGUGAAUCGAAUGAAAAAUAUUUAUUAGCCCGUACAAAUAAAGAGCUGGAGCUUGUACGCGAACAAGAGGAAAAUCUAAAGUUGGAGAGCAACAAAAUGAAGCAAACACUUUUACAGAAGAUGGAAGAACUUGAUAACCUGAAGCAACGCUUUGAACAACAGGAACAGGAUUUUAAUGCCCAGCAAAAGGACAAUAAGCUCAAAAUUAGAUAUCUGAAGAAGAGUUUGCAGCUUCUGGCAAAGGAAUAUCAUUCAUAUCUGCCAACAUUUGCGAUUCCGGAGUUUAUCAAGAUGUACACGAAGGUGUUGGAAUUGCGUGGAAGUAUAGAGGAUGAGCAAAGGAAGUAUCAGAGGGAAAAGAGGGAUGAAGAAUACGAACGAAUAUUUGCCAAAUUAAAGGACAAUAUUGAAGGGAAUCAUAUCCAGGAUAAAAUUAAUUUGAUUAAGUACGAAAGUCAAAGCGAAUAUUUGACAAAACAGCUGAUACUGUGCCAGGAACAGGUCGAUCAGUUGCAGCGAGAAAAUAAACAGCUACGAUUAAAAGAAAUCGAUAGCACUAGACACUGGGACACGCUUGAGCUGCUGUUUGGCGAAGAUGCUCAACGAUUGCGCAAAGAUCAGGACAAAUAUUUCGACAAAGCGGUACAAGUAACAGUCGAAACAUCAUCCAAGUGUAUUAAUACAAUUCCCAUCAUCGAUGAUACGUUCGGAGAAGCACCAAGGAGAUGCUCAUCCGGUGAUACAAUAAACGAUUACGAAGAUAGAAGUGAACAGCAUCUUACUGCAGCAUUGACACAUGACGACGAGCAUACAGCUAAACCCGUUCAAACGGUAGCUCAAAAAUCCCUCGAAUCGCAACUGAAACAAGCGAUGAUGCUAGCUUCUACUAGAAGCGCGCUACUGUUAGAAGCUGAAAGUCGGCUGUCCGAGUGUCAGGGAAGAAUUAGACUGUUGGAGAAAUCGCUAGAGGAGAAGGACAGUCUGAUCCGGCAACAGACAAAUUCACCCAGCGCCGUAAAGCAAGAUCGCGUUGAAGACAGUAUUCUUAGCUCAACUAUAGGUUCGCUGCAGAAUCUGCUCCUGGAAAAGGACACAACUUUGUCGAAGUAUCAAGAGCUGCUAAAAUCCGAACGCAACGAACAUUCGCAGGUGUACGACGAAAAUAUGGCGCAAAUACGAAAUCUCAAGAAAACGAUCGACGAUUUAGAGCAGAAGCUGUACGAAAAGCAAAAGGAAUGCGAUAAUAUGUCCACGCAACUCAACGACAUGAAUCGUCUUAAGGCACUGCAGGAGGAUGCUCCGGAAAAGCCCAAACCUGUCGAAGUGGAAGCCUCCUCGGCAGGAGCUGGUGGAAUGCUUUACACGGAUAAAAUUAUUGAAAAUAUCUAUGAGAUUGAUGAAAAGAAGGAGCGCGAAAUACAAGACCUAAACAUGCAGGUGAAGAUGCUCGAAUGUAACGUGCUGGAGCUCGAGAAUGAACAAAAGGGUCUGCAGAUACAAUUGCGGGAAACGAAUGCUCGCGAGAAGAAGUGUGAAAAAUUGUUACGUGAAAAAGACAUCGAACUGGCCUCGCUAAACGACCGACUAACGAAAGAAUCGAACGAUCUGCGUGAAUUUACUGAAACGAUUGCAAGCGCACAGGAGAUAGAGCAGCUGAAGGAAAUGCUUGAGGAGAAAGAUCGGCACAUACAGGAUCUUACCGAGACGCUGUCGCAAUUUCACGAGGAUCAGCGUAGCUUUAUGAACGAUACCUCACUGCACUCGGCGGAGCAAGUGUCGCAGCUCAGUGGGGACUUGAACCGUAGCGAGGCAAGCAAUCGGGUACUGAAGACACAAAUCGAAGCCCUCAAGCGACAGAUCAGUAGCGUACAGCAGCGGGAGAAGCAAUCGCGCGAUCUGGUAAAAACACUCAAAAACCAACUGAUUAAACGACCCGUCAUUGCAAUGAAAGCGGAUCGUGUGUCCACACCGCGCGAGGAUCAGCUUUCGCGCCGUGUGCAGCUGUUGGAAACGGAGCUGCUCGAUACAAAGGAUGAGCUACGGAAGCAGACGGUAAUAAAUGAAAAUCGUCGGGCAAAAACUGCGGCCGAACUGGACCUGUGGAACAAACAGAAACGGUGGCAGCAAAUGGCGGAACGGCUGAAGGUGCAGCUAAAGGAGCGGGAAGUUGAGUUGGAAAAGUUGAAGGUUCACUUUAACACUGCCAAAACGACGAUCGCCCGAAUGGAGCGUGAACGUGCGCGGCUCAAUAGUGGCGGUACGGGAGCGAGUGGUCCGGCUACAUUGCAUGACAAUAAAUAUCAACCUUCGGGUUCGCCGGAUCAGUACUGCAGCACGGACAGUACGGUUUCGGAGGAUACAAGCACUGCCACGACGCAAAUGUUUACACAAAACAGUAAAGAGAUUAUCGAUGCUCUCAAGAGUCGUAUUGAGUCGCAACAGCGGCGUAUCAUUGCGAUGGAACUUGAUCGAAAGGGUUCAAACACAGUUGCACAUGAGCUAGAAAGGAUGCAGGAAAAGCUAUGCAGCAUGGAAGCUCAGAAUGUGCGCCUGGAAGCAAAAACAUUACAGCUUCAGCUCGAUAACGACAUGCUGCGCCAGAGUGACGAAUCGGAGCGAUUGAAACGGCAGAUCAAACAUCUAGAAGAGUAUGUAAUCGUUCUGAAGGAAGAGAUCGCCAAAGCAACGGCCGGAUGUCCAGAGUCUAUCAAUUUCGAGAAUCUCUGCGUGCGAUGUAGCCGACGAAGCGGUUCGAACGAUCUAGCCGAACGUAAUGCUAAUCUUGAACAGACUGUUCUCACGCUGAAGCGUAUGAUCGAAAAGCUUCGGGCCGAAAACAAACAUCUCAAAGAUCAUCGCAGCAGGGAACGUGCCACGAGCGCGGAGUCGCUUACAAGCCCACCGAAUGAAACGAUUGCCAAGGAGCUGUACGAUCGGUUGAAAAAGGAGCAUGAAAAAUUGCAGCAGAAUCUCACGGAAGCACUCAACAAAGUGUCCGUCCAGCAGGUGGAAAUCGAGCUUUUGUCGAGCGUUACGUGCACGCGCUGUAAGGUGCGAUGCAGUGGAGAGUCAACAAUGGGCGAUGCCGGGGACGGUGAUGAAGCGUUAAAAGAUAAAUUGGAGAAGAAAAGCCAACUGCUGGAAAAGGCUAAAAUUCUGCUGCAACGCGCAGCGGCAAAGGAACGUUAUUUAAAAGAGCAAAUUGAUUUACUCAGGCGCAAAUGUUCCGAUCUGCAGAAUGUGCCCGUUAUAGACGAAAUAAGUGAAUAA